CUUCCUCGACGGUUUGCGUCCAGGUGGCCUCAAAGGAUUUUCCGCCAGCAGAGUGAGCAAGCGUUGACUGGCCCUUCAAUGAUUCUAAGAUUGCUUUCAGAAGCAGGGUUUCUUACGGACCCCCCUAAAAUUGCGCUCUAGACCUUUUCUUUUUUUUUCCCACAUCCUCGCCAGCUUUUUGCAGGAAGAUAUAUCGGAUAGAAAAAGGCAUAAGGAUGCUUACAAUCUCAGGAAGACAGGGACUUGACUGAUACACCCGUUCUUUUCCGUCUCGCCCCUCUUCACAGCACCAUUCAUGCAUAGCAGAGGAAAUCCUACUCGCUUCUCCUCUUGAGAGCAAUUAUGGCCGAGCCAAUCGUCCGCCCUGCUAACAGCCAAAAGCGAUCAUCUUCACAGACCUCUACAUCGUCUCGGAGGAGCCAGAAAGCGAAAACUCUUCGGGGAAAACCACCGCAACGACUUUCGACAUGUUCCUCUACCCAGUCGACAGACCUUACCUCUUUCCCUUCCUUAUCUCCAGAUAGAUCACCGGCGGGUUUCUACGGCGAGCCUGCAAUAAAUCACGCCCUGAGCCAGGCGUUAUUGCUAGAGGAUGAUACACGGACCCAAGGAGCAGAGCGUGGACGCAAAGCUACCCUUGCUGGCCUCACAACGAGCCUGCCUCAGGUUGCCGGUCGGGCUGCCUUGUUCAGCGACUCUGUCCCGUUUCAAGACGUGCCGGGCUCGCUCCACCUUGCCGGUGACGACCAUAUUGAACGGCUCAUUGCUCGUACAGGUGCCAUAAAACUGGUGAGACAGUUUGCGAGGGAUCUCGCCCUGCGGGAUGCUGAAAUAUCGGCACUGCGGCUCCGUGCCGACGAAAGGGAGCGUGAACUGAAAAAGAUGCUUCGUGAAAUGGAAGUUUCGAAUCAAGAUAUUGAACGUCGCCUCUAUGUGCUUGAGAACCCGGCGGACGGACAGGAAGCUGACCGUGGGUCUGAUCAAAAAACCUCGUCGACUGAGCAGCGGAAUCAUACCGUCACUAUCGACCACAUGAUGAACCAAGCUAUGCUCGAUGAUGUUGGUGGCCUGAUUCUUGAUGCUACAGCAUAUGAUAAGGGAAAGGACGAUUUACAGGCGACUAUCCGUCCCAACCGCGUUGACGGCGAUACACGAUCUGGCAAUUCGAGCCUACGAUCUGUCAAGAAGCCAGUCGUUGCCACGCGUGGAUGGCAGGACUACAUUUGGGGAAGUAGGGCUCCUAGCCGCAAGACUAGUGGAGCAAGUAGCGUGAUUAGUGAAACUGGGGAGAGAGACGAUGAACCGGCGAUUCGCGUGCCACAAUCCCGUGUGCCUAGCGGUCCGGGUCGUCGUAAGGCUUUGGAUUCGGAUUUGUUUCUGCCGCCUGAGGCUGACUCCACGCCCACUAUACUUACGGAGCCAGAUAACUUGAAGCCGGGUGAUGGUGACGAUAGCAGCAUCCGUUCAAAGCGGUCAGCAAGGUCCGUAACUUCUUGGACUGUGAAGCUGUUCGCAGGAAACCACCAAGCGAGCAAGGAUGGCGGGACAGUUCGUAGUCGAGCAAGAUCUGAUACUCCAGACUCUUUGAACCGGAGCUCAUCACCCGCAAUGCCGCCAAAGGCAGCUGGUUCUGCUGUGGCGGCUUUAAAACGUAUAAACGGCGGUACCGGUGUCCAGUCACUGUCCGGAAGGUCCUCUGCGGCGUCCAGCAUUCGUGGCUCGAACAAAAGUGCUAUUACUACUACUACUUCAGCUUCACGACGAAAUACUGUUCAAACGGUCGCUCCAGAACAGAGAAGUGCAAAGGGCGAUUCGACACAUCUUGGCCCAGUUGAAAUGGACGCCAUCCUUCCGAUGGAGUCUCGCCCCCCAACACUCACUCAUAUCUACAACGAUUACAAUCCGGGGGAACUGCUCACCGAUCGUUUUGGGUUUAUCUAUGACCAACGAAGGAAUAGACGACAAAAGGAGGCUAGCAGCGAAUGUAUAAAGCAGGUUAAUAAUAAAGACGUCAGUGGCUCUCAAAAAGGGAACCAGAAAGGCUCGGAAGAUGCUGAAGGUGAGAGUACAGCUGCCAAUGAAUGGCAGGAUUAUCUCAAGGUUGCCACGAAACCAACUGAACUCCUCUCUCACACCCCCGCCGCUGGUCCGAUUAUUGUAGUAGAGCCUACAAAACCUCGCUCUUCGUCAGUCACCAUUGGAAAAGAUGGAUCUCUCUCGGUGGUUCACUCAAGCCCUCAACUUUCUACCCUUACAUCAACGGUUGUAGAAACAUAUGGUGAAUUCGCAGGAACGCCCACUGAAUCUCAGGCUUUAGAACCAGCAACAUUAGAGCAAGAGCCGGUGAGACUGCUGCUCCAGCGUUUGACAGAUCUUCACGAUUCUUCUCAGCGAGAACGGACCGUCAAAUGGAAUGAGUUCAUGCGCAAAGUUCGUGCCGAGCGACGGAAAGAAGGUGAAGCUGCGGCUGCUUCGGCAGCCCAAGACCGCUCCAAUAUUUCUCUUGACAUGCCCGAAGUUGCCAUUGCGGAUGGAGAGGUAGUUGGCAUAGCGGGUUUGGGAAAUAAAGGCAAGGUCGGUCGCGCAAAGUGGCGGGAAUUCAGAACGCUUGUCCUUGGGGGUAUUCCAGUCGCAUAUCGUGCCAAAAUUUGGGCCGAAUGUAGUGGAGCCUCUGCAAUGCGAGUUCCGGGAUAUUACGAAGAUCUUGUCAAAGGAAGCUCAAACCACGAUGCAGACCCGAGCAUCAUUGCACAAAUUGACAUGGACAUCAAUCGGACCUUGACAGACAAUGUAUUUUUCCGAAAGGGCCCAGGUGUUGCGAAGUUGAAGGAGGUUCUCCUUGCAUACUCGCGACGCAAUCCGGAAGUGGGAUAUUGCCAGGGGAUGAACUUAAUUGCUGGCUCUUUGCUGUUGAUUAUGCCUACUGCGGAAGAUGCGUUUUGGGUUCUGACUUCUAUUAUUGAGAAGAUAUUCCCUCCCCAUUACUAUGACCACGGUUUGGUUGCCUCCCGCGCAGACCAGCAGGUGCUUCGACAAUAUGUGGCCGAAAUUCUACCUAAAUUAUCCUUGCACUUGGAUGAUCUGGGCAUAGAACUUGAGGCUCUGACGUUUCAAUGGUUCCUUUCUGUUUUCACGGACUGCUUGUCUGCCGAAGCAUUGUAUCGUGUUUGGGACGUGGUGCUGUGCCUUAGUGCCCCAGCGAUGUAUAUUCCUCCCACUGCACCACAGCCUCAGAAACUCUCUACCGCGGAUUCCAGCAACGGCAAUGCCUUAUCCGCGCCCGGUACACUUACCAAUCCGACACCCACCUCAACGGCACCGUCUGUCUCCGAAAACGAAGUGUCCAACAACACCGGUGGUGGUAGCACAUUCUUAUUUCAAGUCGCAUUGGCUCUGCUCAAGCUCAAUGAGCAGCAGUUACUCAGUACCUGUUCCACUCCCGCUGCAAUCUAUACGUACAUCAAUCACCAGAUGACAAAUCACGCGAUUAGCAUCGACGGCCUUAUUGAGGCCAGCGAUGCUCUACGGAAUGUCGUCAGGAGGGAAGACGUACUUGCACGACGAGCUGCUGCCAUGAAAGCCAUGAUUGCAGCCAAGCCAUCGCCAGGGUCAAAUAGUCAACGCUCCGUUGACUACGAUGACUCGACAAAGGUAUCAGACUGUGGAAAUGUUUAGAUAUAAAUUCGCUCCUUAAGAUGUUUUUCUAUUUAUAUAUUUUCCUUUGUUGUGUUGCAUUUGACGGGUGUUCAUUCCAUAGCAUUAGCCAUACAAGAUACCCACUCCUUUGGCUUCAAUUUGUGUGAUAACAUGGUGAUUCCUUUCUGUACUCUCUUCAAGGCUUUCGCUCCAAUGUUUAUAUAUAUUCACCUCUCUGAAUUUGGGUGGCAGUACAUACUCGACUUAAUACACAUUCCUUUAUCCCUCACAUCUACUAUAACACUCUUCUUGCGAGCUGCAUUCUCUUGGGUGACUAGGCAACGAUGUCUUGAAACCUACGCGAUUCUUGACUAACCCAUGCCUUGAAUGACCUCCUUUCUCCCAGGCGACAAGGCGCACAGCACUUUCUAACUGACCUUUGGGUUCACUCAGAGUGGACGAGGAAUCACACGGCGUCCAGGAUUCCACGGCAGCCUGCUUUCAUGUAUCCAAAUCAAGGCGGAAUUCCCUGCUCGUUGCCAUGGACAACACCUGCUAAAGUUCCUUCCCCAUUCCUGGAGAUACGGGCAUGCGAUUUGAUUUCCCAAACACCCUAAAACUAACCCAAGUAUUUCAUUACCCAACUGAUUCUACCGCAGGUACAAAAAGCUGCGCUAUUAUUACUUCUGGCCCUUUUCUUCCUCGCUCUAGUUUCAUUCUUUUAAGUUUUAGAAGCUAUUCGGUUAUUGGGAAUCAUGUUAUCACGGGAUUACAUUUAACUACAUUCAUAUCUUUACUUGCAUUCUUGGUCCAAAAGAGAUUCUUUCAUCCUCAUGAGCGGACAUGCCGAGUCUCGUGUCUCUGCCGGUGGAGAUUAUCCUAUGUAUCUCGGACAACAUUGGCAUAUCCAAUCUCAACAGCCUCGUUCAGUCUUGUGUCAGAUUCUAUUACAUCCUCAAUAAAGAUCUAUAC